AUGGACGACCGGGAAUAUGACGAGGAGGAUUUGGACCAUACGGAAAUUCCGGAUACCUACGAAAACGAGUCGGAUGAGGGAAAUGUAGAGGAUUUGAGGUUAAACUCCGCUGGUGACAAUGUAUCAGAAGAACAAGAUGACGAAGAAGAGGAAGAAGCUGAACGCCCCCCAGAAACACAAGACGAAGACGAUGAAGAUGCCGUGACCUCAGCCAUGGUCCUCGCAGAAAUGCGACAAGUGUGGCAAUCAGAGACUGUCUCCCCGCUUCUUCUGCCCGACCGUUCCGAGCUCGUCCAUUGUCUCGUCGACCAAAUCGAAUCGAUGGAGGAGAAUCUGAUGCGAUGUGUCGAUCGGGGCCAUAUCAAGAUCUCGUUGCAUCGGUUGGAGCUGCAACGGAUCACCUUUGUUGUCAACAGUUAUAUUAGGCGCAGACUACAAAAAAUUGAAGACAACCCCCUGCUCGCCAUCCAACAACACCAAGAACGAGUACGAACCGAGCAGAAGCCACUACUCUCCGACGACGAGCUCAUCUACGCGCGUCGAUUUGCCGAGGCGGAAUCGGCCGUGUUCAGCCAGACCGUCCUACGCCAUUUGCCCGCCUCGCUGAAUAGACUCAUGCGGCCAGUGACGACAAACGACUCGGAAAAGGUGUUCAUCAACGUGCUGGCCGAUGGGCUGGACGAUGUGGCCGUGCCGGAUGGAGAUGAUCCGGGCUCGGACGUGCUGAUCGGGCUGAAUCGCGGGGCCACCUUUCUCUUGCCCAUCAACCCGAUAUUGCCCGCCCUCGAGCAGGGCCACGUUCGGCUGCUC